AUGGAGGCGAGGACACGACCCCACAGGAGACCCCAGGCACCCCCUGCCCAGGGUCCCACCGGGCUGCAAGAUGAGGAGACAGGACCCUCUGGUACACCUCCCCUGCCCAAAAGGAAGAGUCACGUCCCCAAGGAGGAAGUGUGCGGGCUGUGCCAGCGGGCGGAUGUUGAUCCCGUGUUAGCUGGGGAGCUGUGCCGUCAGGACGGGCUCUGCAUCCAUGAAAACUGCCUGUACCACGCGAGCGGGCUCAGCCAGAGAGGGAAUGAUGCAGAGGGCUUCUACGGCUUCCUUUUCCCUGACAUCUGGCAGGAGCUGAAGCGGGUGGCACAGAAGAGGUGCUGCAUCUGCCGGCUGCCGGGCGCCUCGGUCACCUGCCGGGGCCGGCGCUGCCGCCGAAUCUUCCACUUCCCCUGCGGGAGUGAGCGGGGCUGCGUCUCGCAGUUCUUCGGGGAGUUCAGGUCCUUCUGCUGGCAGCACCGGCCGGUGCAGCGGGUGCGGGCGGCGCAGCAGGAGCAGACGCCCUGCCUCAUCUGCCUGGAGGCGGUGGCGGGGUGGCCCUGCUACGACACCCUGGUGUGUCCCGUCUGCGCCGGAGCCUGGUUCCACCGCCGCUGCAUCCAGGGCCAAGCACUGUCCUCGGCCCUGCACCACUUCUGCUGCCCGCUCUGCCGGGACAUGGCCGCCUUCCAGGACGAGAUGUUUCGCCUGGGCAUAAAGAUCCCUGACAGGGAUGCUGCCUGGGAGUUGGAUGGGUCCUUCGCGGACCUUUACGAGCAGCGCGGCUCCUGUGACGCCGGCCAGUGCCUGUGCCCGGCGGGGCGGCAGCAGGUGGAGGAGAACGGGCCCUGGAGACUCCUGCUCUGCAGCUCCUGCGGCUCCCGCGGGACACACCAGCGCUGCUCUGCUGCGGAAGAAGAUGCCGAGUCCUGGCACUGCAGCGACUGCAGCGACACGGGCGCCGUGUCCCCGGCCGCAGCCGGCCCAGACUCCGGCCCCUCCGGCGCAGGACCCUCGCGCAGCGCCCCGGCCACUUUGGCCGAGGAAGAAGUGGCCAGGAUCAUGGAAGGACACCCCGCCCCCCAAGUGCCCCGCUAG